GGCUAUACGAUCUCGUUACUCACAUUCUAUAUUCAAAACAGAUUGAAGUUACGUAUAGUGUCAAAGUUGGUGAAGUCUGAUGAGCGAAUGUGCUGCAUGCUAGCGGCGCUGCUCGAGCAGUGGUUUCUGGCGACGGAACGCGCGCUGCGUUGGGCAGCAGAACGCUCGCAUGAGCGUGUCGGUGCGUUCAGUGCUGGUGGAGGCACCACAACCCACGCCGAAGGGACCUUACACGUUUGCUAGUCAACCACGAGCUCUAUAUCAUAAUGCUAAACUGCGCAGGAAUCCCUCUUGCGGGAGUGUGGUGACAGGUGCUACGGGUGCUACGAGCGCGCAGUACAGUAAUGUGAUGCACGACAAGCGCGUCGUGCGCGGCAGCACUUUCGCAGCGCACCCUCAUGCAGCUGGAGAUGGACAAGAGAGCGCGGCGGCCCGCGCAGCGCGAACACGGCGUCGCGCGCUUGCGAGGCGUGCGGCUCUGGCCCGACUGCGUCCUGGCACACCACCGCCAGCACCAGGCCGACGACAUCUACCUGUACAGACUGAGCGCUACCUUGAGGAGCUAUUCGAUAAAGGCCUGGAGGUAGAGGCGGGCGUCCAGACGGACCUGUUCGUGGACAGGCCCGCUACGCCGCGCUAUGUUCCUGCGACUACCGGGGCGCAUGCCGCCACGCAGAUCUAUCCUGGAGACUUGUUCGACUUCGAUCUAGAAGUGCAAGGGAUUGUGGAAGUGCUCGUCGGCAAGACCGUGCAACAAGCAUUAGGAGAAGUGGCGCAAGAAGAGGAGCUCGAGACCCUGCGAGAGCAACAGCGCCGCUACCGAGAGUUACGCGAUGCUGAACUCGCUGAACGGCAACGAUUGGCCGCCACGGACGUCCGACUGCAACACGAAAAGGAACGGCGCGUGGCUGAGGCUCGAGCUGCAGCGAUAUCAGCGCAGGAGGCACGACAACGAGUGGCGGCUGCCACUCUCGUGCAGGGCUACGUCGCAGAACUUCUGCCCUCUGUGUUGGCCGGUCUGCGCGACGCCGGCUACCUCGUACGACGUCUACACAGAGGUGUUGAAGAAGAAUUCAUGCCAUGGCUGAUAGAGGAGGUGUCUAAAGAGAUCGAGUCGAUUAUUACGAGUCGUGAUGUUAUUUCGGAAAUCGUUCGCGAGGUGACAGAGGCCCGUGCGGAGCUUUAUGCGUCUGCAGGCGAAAGAGAGGCUCAGCAGGAAACACCGCUAGACUCUUUGACGCCGCCGGAACCUUCGCCCGAGGAAGAGGAUGCUAUCAAUGAAGAUCAGUGAGGAUGAAGGCGUUGCCUGUCCUACCCCUCUUCGAUGUAGAAACGCUAAAGUGGGCCUGUGUAAUGUGGACUUUGUUUAAAGAAAUGUAAAUUAUGAAUGACUAACUCGCUGGAAAAAUUGUAGAGAAGGAAACCUAUAAUAGUCGUAUUAAAUAUAAUUGUAGAUAUGA